CGUCGUGCUACAUCAGUGCUUAAUUAACUGUCGUCUACAGAGACCGCAACAUCUUGAUCUCUUAUCAGUGUCUUCUGCAUAUCAUUGUCUGAUAUCUCGACUGCCGCUUAUCGAUUUCUGCAAAAACAUCUCAAGAUCUCUUAUCAGUUUUCCCGCGCAAAUCGCCGGAAAAUUCCACGGAGAGUAAAACGUCAGAUUUUCUCACGUUCCUUGUAAUACAUAUCUCAUAGCACCACCAAGGAAAACAAAGAAAGAAGAAACGACCUGCACCUGAUAAGAAUUAAAAAGCUGCUGUGAAAUUUGCCGGACGUGACAUCGGACGCUCGUCAACGCAAACACGUGGCUGCGCACCGCUCUGCGCAAAAUACCACCUCGCGUAGUAUUUUGGAAGCGGAAUCUCUGAGCGUUCACUGGUACAGAAACAACAGGAUAUCAAGCGAGUUUGCUGAGCAUCGUCAUAAGAAGGAGGUGCAAGGGAAGCACAGGACGAACUACAGCGAAACAUUUGUGGAGAUACAUCUGAAAUCCGGCGACGAUUUAACUCUUUACUGAUCCGUCGGAGAUUUACGGCAGCGACAUUUGUUUGUUAGUGCAUGGGCACAACCGCACGCGGGUGCCCUGGGAAAGGAACAGUGGCUUGGCGCCGGUAAUCCUACGAGACUGGCAUCAUUAAAGUUGAUCCGUGAAAACGAUCCGUCGUCUCGAUGGUGGAGCGUGCUAAUGUUAUAUAAUAGCAUGCAGUUCGCAUAUCGGUACACGUGGAACCGAGAGAUCAUUGUCAAUUCCCAGAAGCUCGUGAAAAGACGUUGAAUAUUGACCGAUUUGUUGCGAUUAUACGUGGGAGGAUCGCACGUUCUUUUACGUCUUCGUACGAGCUACGGCACGCUACGUUGGCGCUACUGAAAGAACGAUCGUAUUGGAAUCAUCGGCCCUUCCCAACCAGUUACACUAGAUAUACACUCCCACCUGAUCUCUUUCCUCCCAUCUCUUUAACAAGGAAAACACCAAACCACACGCAAUUACCAUGGCUGCCUUAUGUUACAGCGAACCCUUCUCAGAUUGGCUGGAGGAAAAGAUAGAGCUGCCUAUAUUUGAACAAAUAUCUCUUCCCGAAAAUCAAAACAAAUCACCGCUGCCGGUUUACUCCACUGUCAUUUAUCCGCUAACGUUGACGAAGACAUUGCAGCAACAGCAACAACAACAACAAGAACAACAACAACAACAACAUGAUAAUACACAAACCCUCUUGCAGGAAUUUGAAACGGUUUUGGGUGACGUCGAGGCUUGUCAUCAGAUCAUUCCGCCAAUCAGUUCGACGCUUACUCCUCCGCAAUCACCCUCGCAUAAAUCGGUCAAUGUGGACACGCAGCUGCUGGUCACUCUGCAGCCUAUGGAAUCGUUCGCCAACGAUCAACCGAUAUAUAAUAUAACUCCAACAGAACAACCGCUGUAUGUGGGCAAUAUAUCACGUCAGUGGAAUACCGACAACAUAGAUUCGUUAAGUCCGCUUGGCGGGGAUGUUGCGAACGAGUUAGCGGUGGUGGAUGAAUACGUUCGUUCACACACCAAGGAUAUACUGUCUCCUGUAAGUCCAUGCAGCUCCAAUAGCAGUUCGGCCGACGAUUCCAUUGACGAUCCCGAUUGGAGUCUCGAAACUGAGAAAAGAACAAGUCUGAAAGAAACAGUUCAUGAUUUUUCGAAGCAUCGCCUUAAGCCGUAUUCUCGAUCGUCUCUUGAGGACAAGAAGGUACGAAAAAAAGAACAGAAUAAGAAUGCUGCCACACGUUAUAGACAGAAAAAGAAACAAGAAAUCAAAGAGAUACAGGGUGAAGAGCGCGAACUGGCGGAGCACAAUGAGAAAUUAAAAGAAAAGAUGAAGAACUUACAGCAGGAGAUAAAAUAUCUGAAGGGAUUUAUGAGGGAUGUCUUCAAAGCUAAGGGUAUUCUUAAAUAAUCCAUUUGUUCAGAAACCUUUACCGCCGUACGACAAUAUCUUGUAUUAAUUUUAUUUAGAUAUAGGGGAGACCGCAGCAACAAAAGUUUAAACUCACAAAAGUACUUUUAAAUAUAAGAUUUUUUCUCAUUUUUUUAUAUAGAUAAAAAAUUAAGUAUAUCUAAAAAUGCAUGCAACAAUCAAUAUAAUACCAAUUAAUAUUAAUCUAAACACAGAAUUAGUCUAAAUAGUCAAUGACCCAUGAUACUAUGUAAUUCAUGCUUGGUCUUCCUUAUAUUGUUAAUUUUAUUUUUAGGUUCUUUACAUUUUUC